UGGCACUAAAAACUUGGCGCCAGCUGAUCUCGUGUUGACGUCUGAAUUCGAGCUUGGUAUUCACUUUCUCAGUAUAUAAAAAUGUGUGACAGCUGCCUUUUUAUUAUUAUAAAAGCAAGAUCAUAUUAAACGUUGAUAGGCGAUUAAAUGCGAUGUUUGAUCUCGAAAGCGACAGAAAUGAAGGAAGCGACGAUGACGGGCAGGACUGGUCGCUACCUUCUGCUUCAGACACAAAACAUGACAGUCGUUUCACUGGGGAUCCCAGCAACUCUGCGGCGUUUGACUGCGAAAACAGAAGUGCAGGGUCGGAAUGCCCAUUGUCAAGAUUUGGUCAUCGGCGGACAAUCAUCCAUUUUGACAGUGACUGUUUUUACGCUCAGGUGGAGAUGAUUCGCAACCCAAAACUCAGAAAUGUGCCUCUUGGUAUCAAGCAGAAGUAUUGUUUAGUGACAUGUAACUACCCUGCUCGUGAGAAAGGAGUCACAAAAGGUAUAAGCAUAACAGAAGCCAUCAAAAUAUGCCCAGAGAUUGUGGUCGUAAAUGGAGAGGAUCUGACUCACUACAGGGAAAUGUCCUACAAGAUUUCAGAGUUUUUGCUGAAGUACACCCCAGAUGUUGAAAGGCUCGGCUUUGAUGAGAAUUUUCUUGACGUCACAGAAAUGGUGAAUCAUCGAAUAAAUGGUGGCUUAGCAAAGCCAGAUGUGGAAGGUCAUUUGUAUUUACCAGAAGAUUCAGCAAAUGCAUCAUCAUUUGAAUGCCAGUGUGGAUGUCACCAUCGACUAGCAGUUGGCUCACAAAUAGCAGCCGACAUCCGCUCUGCACUGUACCAUGAACUGGGUGUAACAGGUUGUGCAGGAGUGGCCCACAACAAGGUGCUGGCUAAGCUGGUCGGUAGUCAACACAAACCUAACCAGCAGACCACACUGUUUCCAGGUCAUGCUAUGCACUAUAUUAGCCAUCUUGACAGCCCACACAGGAUCCCAGGGAUAGGAUGGGCUACCUGGGGACGACUGAAGACAUUAGGCAUUGUAUCAGUUACAGACCUGCAAAAAUUUUCCCUUGAACUUCUUGAGAAAGAAAUUGGCAUUUCCCCAGCAGCCAUGGUACACAAUUUGAGUUUUGGUGUGGAUGAUUCACCAGUUGUGAAAUUCAGCAAGCCACAGACUUUAAGUGAAGAAGAGUCAUUCCAACAGUGUAGCAGUGAGGCAGAUGCUCAGACUGGCAUUUCAAAACUAAUAGACAGCCUGCUACCAAGGUUGAUUGAAGAUGGACGUACACCUCAUACCCUACGACUAAGUGUGCGUAAAGAUAGUGAGCACAGAUGGAACAGACGUGAAAGCAGACAGUGUUCCUUGCCAUCUAGUGUCUUCACUAAGCUGCGAGCUGGAUGCACGGAAACUGCACGAGAGCGUCUAGUUACCAUAGCAAUGGACUUGUUCAAAAGGGUGGUGGAUGUCACGUGUCCUUUCCAUCUCCGAGUUAUAAAUGUGGCCUUCACAAACAUGGUUGAGAUAUCCAGUAACAGCAUCAGUGCUUUCUUAUCAUCAUCCUUGCAUCACCCACUCCAUAGCUCUUCUUGUCAGCCUGCACAGAACUCAGCCUGUCAGUUGACUCCUGCUGUUGCUUCAGGGGAAGAAUGUCAUCGCCUAGCAACUUCCACAUCACAUUUAUUAUCACAUGAUAGAGCAGAAGAGACAAAGAGAGAUGAUCACCUACAGCACACCACACAAUCUUUGGACUGUGAGACUGAGACAAUGGAUAAAAGGUUUGAUGCUAGCAUUGAACCAUCAUCUUCGCCAGUACCAGAUUCUACUGUAAAGGCUUCACAAUCGCACACAACACAUGCUUCCAAGAGCAAGAGGAAGAGUGCUAUGCCCUUGGAUUUCUUUGGCGUUAAGCAGAAAAAAUCUGGGAGAGAAGAAGGCUUUGCAAAUACGUGGUGCUUAGAAAAGGCUCAAAUUUCGGAUCUUCAUAUGUCUGCUCUGCCACUGGAGGUAGACCCAGAGGUUUUUGCUCAGCUCCCGCUAGAGAUCCAGAGAGAAAUUGUAGGUGAAAGUAGACCUGCAUUUUCACAUACAAUUAAAAAACAAGCUGAAUGUAAAAGCCCCAAGAAUGUAGCAAAGUCUUCACAGGUCAAAACUUCUUCAACCAAUCCCUUAUCAAUAAAGUCUUUCUUCUGUCCUUCCAAGAUAAUACUGGAGGAGAAAAGGAAAAAGGAAAGCACUUACUCUGCAUCUCUGGAAAACUCAUUAGAGGCCAUUGAGGGUGAACAGGUGAACUUUUGUGAGAAAGCACCAAAAGUAAAUGACAUGAGCACAACAACACAAGAUGAGACACUGCCCUCAGAGUCACCGUCAUGGAUUUCAUGCCAGAGAAGAUUCAAUUCUGAAGCGGGUGAAGCGCCUGACAUGUCUGCAAAGAAAUCCUUGGUGCUUGCUAAUACUAAUUCUAAUGCUAGAGAUCUUGAAGUACCAAAGUCUACUUGUUAUGAAAAAGAUGAAAGAAGAAACAGUCUGUCGAGCAAAUUUUCCAGUGAAAUAAUGCCAGUCCCAGCAGGCAUUGCACCAGAUCUCUUUGCAUCUCUUCCCCCUUUCCUCCAACGGGAAGUUGCAGCAGAUGUUGCUUUACAAAGACAUAAUAUGGCUACUUCAUUAGUAGAAUCAAACAAUUUUCAAGGACUGGGGAAGAAGGCCAAGGGAAAAGGCUGCCCUAACCAGUCACAUUCCAUGCUGAAUUAUCUCAAAAGAAAAUAGCUUUUUGUGACUAUUAUCUGAAUUUUUUUUCAUCAGUGGUUAUUAUUUACGUUUUAUCCUUUCAUAGCCUUUCCUAAUAUCUUUCCUCCAUUAACCUGUGUGUGUGUGUGAGAGAGCGAGAGGGAGGAUCCAUUUUUGUGGUAUUGAUCUACGUCCAUGGUUGGAUUGAUAUUGUUGCUUUCUUUUAUGUGUGAUAGGACCGUUUUUUAAAUAAGGGUCAGUGAUAAAAAAGUAAGUGGAAGAAAAGAUUUUUUUUUAAUCUCAUAAUGCAGAAACCACAAGGGUCGUGAAUUAUAAGCGGUUCAUCGUGUCUAAGGGAGCCCAGCCUUCAUUUUUCGCUGGCUUUUUAUUGAUAACGUCCCUUGCUGAUCAACGUCCGCACCCACAAAUCUCAGCAGAAGGCAACGAAGUCUCUAAAACAAAUGAGAAAGAAUAUGAACAAAAAUUAAACGCGUGUUAUUUUUGCUGUUGCUAAUGUCAGUUUAUUAAAAAUAGGACAACGAAUUAUUUCCUCCACUGCGUUUAAUUAAGCCAGUCCUCGCCCCCGUCUUUGUCUGCUCGUCAUGGUAUCGUCCUGUCCAUAAUUGGGUUCUCCUCUCGACCCUGUCUGUCUUAGCAUCACGGGUGUGUACAGCACCUUUUAACAUAUCAGAGGCGUAGGAGGAGCAAAACAAAAUUCCGAGGAGGCAAGAAUGUGAACUGUCAUCAUGGAUCCCCCCUGGGCUCUUCCCCACCAAAGCCGAGCAUCUUCCACUGAAUAUAUUCUCUUACGUCAGUAGAUCUUUUUUCACUCAAGGUUCCGUCCUUCCUGUAUCGGUAUCCUAGUAGUGUCCUAAAAUGGACUCUUCUCCCCAACCCAGUCGAUCGACGGUAUCUCCCAUCCCUCCUCCUGACCUGCAUCUGUGUAUCUUGAACCCCCCGUGUCUUUAAUGAGAUCGCCUUUUUAAAAAAAAUCCCAAAAGUGGGCGUGUACUUGAACUUCUGUCGUAACCUUCAGCACAGCAGACGAGAGGUGCAGAGGUCAUUUUCAGGGCCACAAAGGUCACUGUUUACCUCGUAUGUGUAUAUAUUUACACGCAUUCGAGCGAGGACUAGGAUCUGGAGGAAGUUAUUGUAUUUUUUUUCCAUCUCCUUGUAGAUCUCUCAAUUUUACCCCAGACAUCCUUAGCGAGGAUCUCAUACAAUUCAUUUUCUGGUUUUUAAAAAGCUGAAGUGAACAAUUUAAAGCAUCUUCCCGAUGUCCCAGUCCUUAAAAAUGUGAAAUAUAUUAGAAACAUUAUUUUUGAAAAAUAUAUGUGAUAUAUAUCAUAUCUUUCAAAGGACGGACAAGUCUUAUUUGUUUUAAUUUUUGCAGUUGAAGAUCGAGUUUACGUGUUCAUGCGAAAGGAUGUAAACAAAUAAUUAUAUUAAUUAUUUCCAGGUCAAUAAAUAUAAUAACCAAAACCUGCUGUGAACAGUUUGCGAACAUGUGAGAGGAAGAACUUUGCGUACCGAUUCCAGACGAAAACAACAAGCGACGACCCAA